AAAUUUGUAAAAUUUUUCAAGACUCGCGUUACAAUAGCGCAUUUGCAGUUAUAGCUGAAUUGCUUGUCACAGAUCAGUGGGACGACGUUUAUUAUGAUGUUGGCUGUGGUGCGUCCGGAACCUCCGGUCAAUUCGUAUCUACCUCCAAGAGCGGGCACCUCCGGCGCGAACGGCGGUCGAGCCGAUCCGUCCACGCAGUACGGGACCCCGGAUUUCAAUAACGGGGGUGGCGUUAAUAGGAACGGUGGCGCAACAAGUUUCGGCGGGCCCGGCGGUAACGGCGCAGGUAAUGGUCCGUCGAAACUUUACGAUGCACCCAUUGGGGGAAGCGACGGCGGAAAUAGUCUGGGUCAGGUCCGAGGAAACGGAUUUGGGGCUAGGCAACCCUCUGACUCUUACGGCGUUCCCAACGGGGGCUUUGGUGAGAACCGAGGAAAGCCGUCCACUAGCUACGGCGUUCCCGGCACAAACGGCGGGGGCGGUUUCGGAAACGUGGGUAACGAAGGAAGGCCAUCGACCAGCUACGGCGUUCCCGGUGCGAAUAGAAACAACGGGGGUGGUUUUGGUAGCGCAGGCAACGAGGACAAGCCAUCGACUGGCUACGGCGUUCCCGGAAACGAAGGAAGACCGUCGACUAGCUACGGCGUUCCCGGUGCGAGCGGGAAUAACGGGGGCGGUUUCGGAAACGUAGGAGGCGAAGGGAGACCGUCGACUGAUUACGGCGUUCCCGGAGUGAACCGCAACCAUGGGGGUGGCAACGGUAGGCCCUCGAGUAGUUAUGGCGUACCUGGCGCAAAUGGAAAUGCGAAUAACAAAGGUCGCUUCAAUAGUGGAGGACCAUCGAGUAGCUACGGAUCCCCGAAUGAAAGUGGAUUCGCCGGAGGAUUGUCAACCAGUUACGGGCCACCUAAUAGAGGUGGAAAUAGUAACAACGGCUAUCCAUCCGGAGACUCAAACGGAGGAAGUUUCGUAGACGGUGGGGCUAACGGCUAUCCAUCUGGUGGUCCAAGUAGAAACGCAGGGAAUUUCGGGGACGGAGGUUUCGGAAGAGGAGAAGGCGGAGGAGGAGGGGGAAAUGGCGAGGGUUACAAUGACAAUGCGCAGGAGGGAAAUACUGAGCCGGCGAAGUACGAGUUUUCCUACAAAGUGAAGGAUCAGCAAACCGGCAGCGAUUACAGUCACACGGAGACUAGAGACGGUGACCGAGCUCAAGGCGAGUUCAACGUUUUGCUUCCAGACGGUAGGAAACAGAUUGUCGAGUAUGAGGCUGAUCAGGAUGGAUUUAAACCGCAAAUUAGAUACGAGGGCGAAGCGAAUGCCGGCGGAGGAUACGGCUCCGGCGGACCAAAUGAUAACAGCGACGGUUAUUCUUCUGGUCGACCAGGUAGCGAAAGCGGUGGUUUCGCGAGUAACUCAGGAUUUAAUGGAGGCGGUAGUAACGGUGGUUAUCCAAGCGGUGGCGCCGGCGAGGGAAAACUCAGCGGAUUUAAUAGCGGAGGCGGCAGCGGUUAUCAGUCGGGAAGGCCAGCGGGACAAUCCUUUGGUCGAGAUAACGACGGUGGUUUGAGCGGUGAUAUCGGCGGUUACUUUCCCAAUCCUCCAAGCAAUAACAUCGGCGGCAGUGACAAUGUGAACGUCGGAAGCAACAGACAGACCGACGGUAAUAGCGGAUAUCAAUAUUAAAGAACGCAUAGAUGACUAGAUUUAGAGAUUAUCGGAGUCUUGGAUAAUUUUGCAAAAGGGCGAGAAGAAUCGAUUGAGGAAAAUUAUUUGUCACAAAUUUAUUUGUACAUUUAGCCAAACAAUAUCUAGCAAUAUUCACACGAAUGGGAAGCCUCCACACCACGGUAUUAUUAUCUCAUCCAUUUAUAAGAUUUUUCAUCAGCAACGAAAAGUCAAAUUUAUCAAUAACGAAUCCGGUUGCUUGCCCCAGUGCGCACUGAGUGUACACUAAAGCUCUUUCAAUUGUUAUAUUUAAGUUCGUCUUAAAUACACGUUAAAAACUAUUUAACCAAACAAUUAAUCCGUAUGGACGCUUACGAAUCGUUUUACCGACUAAGAGAUACUUCAAGACAAUCCUGAAAUAUAAGAAUUGAUUGCAAACAAGCUUCAGUGUGCACUCAGUGCGCACUAGAGCAAGCAACCGAAUUCGCUACAAGACACACCUUGCUCUCUGUAUAUUAUCUAAGAUAACUAUCUGUAUCUCGAAUGUAAAAUUCAUAAAUUAAUAUUUAUUAUUUCAUAGCACGACUUACAUAAACUUAUGUAGUAACAUUUAAUUGAGCAGAAAAUAAAAAGUCAACGGAUG